UUGUCGAAGUGGACAUCUGGUGGUAACACGUGGUAAUUUUUUUCUUUGGGCGGCAUGCAGAACACGCUGUCAAUCAUUAAAUCUGGGCAAAGAAACGCCGGAAGUUUUUCCGUCAAACGACAGAAGGUCGCCCGCGGAUUUAAAGGAACCGAAAAACUUAUACGGACGGAGGUCAGGUGGUCGAUUCGCAGAGCCGCCGAUCGAAGCCAGAAAAUAAGCUUCAUUUCUAUUGUUAGCAUCAAUUUGGGGUUUCAAAACAUUUACAGCUUAAAGGGGAAGAAUAUUGUUGCCAGGAUUACAACUGUUGAUUUGGAGAAUGUUGUUGAUUUUAAGAAGAAUUUGACAACAAAGGUAGUUAAAUAUGAGAAUUCGUCGUAGCGGACAAGUAAAAUCCGAAAUGUAUGUGCGCAGCUACAAUAUAUAGUGUGUUCCGACAACGUUUUUUAAGAAAAAAUUAGGUAACAGCAAAAUUUGGAGAGAAAAAGGGGAAAAAUGUACAGGAGCAGUGGUGUCACGGCGAGCACUUUGGGCGGUUCUCCGUCUGCCGACGGCGAUGAUUAUGUGGUGAAGCUCGAACAGGUCCCGCGGUGGAGCGACGCUGAGCAACGGUCAUCGGUUGACGGAUCCUCCGAUGACGCCGGUAUGUUCUCUGUGCUGUCUUUUUCCGACCCCUUGACGUCCGUUUCUCCGUUGGAAAAUGGCUCCGACGGCGCCAGUUCCAGGUUUCCGGUCGAUCCCAAUAUCAAUUUGAAGGUUUAUCUGUGGCGAGGUCACCCCUGGAAUAUUGAGGUCGAUGCCGUCGUUAAUUCUACCAAUGAGAACUUGGAUGAGAUGCACAGCAGCCCUGGUUUGCAUGAAGCUGCUGGUCCUGGACUUGCUGAAGAGUGCGCAACUCUAGGAGGUUGUCGUACUGGGCUUGCCAAAGUCACUAAUGCAUAUGACUUACCAGCUAGGAGAGUGAUACACACAGUUGGUCCAAAAUAUGCUGUAAAAUAUCAUACUGCUGCAGAAAAUGCGUUAAGUCAUUGCUACAGAUCUUGCCUUGAGCUUUUGAUCGAGCAUGGGCUUCAAAGUAUUGCAAUGGGCUGCAUUUAUACUGAAGCUAAGAACUAUCCACGAGAGCCAGCUGCACAUGUAGCUAUAAGAACUGUCCGGCGAUUUCUAGAGAAACACAAGGACAGAAUCACUGCUGUUGUUUUCUGCACCACGACAGCAUCUGAUACAGAAAUAUACAAAAGAUUGCUCCCACUCUACUUCCCUAGGGAUAAACAUGAGGAAGAAAUUGCAAUAUCAAAGCUCCCUGCAGAUGUUGGAGAUGAAAAUGGAGAGACAACUAGCGAUGAGCGCAAAAUCAGAAUCACAGCUUUACCAGCAACUUCAAUUGCCUUACCCCAGACUCUUCAAACAUCUGAGGAUGUUUCUGCUAGCAAUCUUGGUCUUACUGUGAAAAGGAAAAGUUCUUAUGUUGAUUCGUUGCUUGACCCAACCUUUAUGUCUCUAACCAAAGAUCCUGAUCAAAGACGUAAGGAGCAGUGGGAGAAGGUUGCACAGGCACAAGCUAAUUGGAGCUGUGCGAAAUUGCUUGGGUUAGGUGAUCUUGGGGGCCCUCCAUUGUCAGCUGCAGAGGAGUAUUCACUUCAUGCCAGAUACCUCGCCAGGGCCAAUACUUUGAAUUUAGCUGAAAUUGCAGAAAUGAAGAUAAUUUAUCGUGGUGGCGUUGAUAAUGAGGGACGACCAAUUAUGGUUGUAGUUGGUGCCCAUUUUUUGCUACGCUGCCUUGAUCUUGAUCGGUUUGUUCUUUAUGUAAUAAAGGAAUUUGAACCUCUAAUACAGAAACCUUAUACAAUUGUAUAUUUUCACUCAGCGGCAGCUUUGCAAUUGCAGCCUGAUUUAGGAUGGAUGAAGCGUUUACAGCAAAUACUUGGUCGGAAGCACAAGCGUAAUUUGCAUGCUAUUUAUUGUCUCCAUCCAACUCUUGGGUUGAAAGCUACAAUUUUGGCCUUGCAACUGCUUGUGGACGGAGAGGUCUGGCGAAAGGUGGUGUACGUAGAAAGGCUUUUACAAUUAUUUAGAUAUGUGCCAAGAGAGCAGCUGACGAUUCCAGAUUUUGUAUUUCAACACGAUCUUGAAGUGAAUGGAGGAAAGGGCCUUCUUGUUGACCCAAGGACAAAGUUUAUAACCAAUAGAACUACUCCAUCAUAGUGAUCAUAUUGAUAUUUUGUAUAUUUUUCUGGUUAAGAUCAUCUUAUGUUCCCAGAACAUUUUGGUUGGAGUUGCAAAAUUUCCAGCGGUCUUGCGAAUGCAUUCAUUGAGUUGUAUUUGGAUCCUUACAAUAAUCUGUUACGGUUUCAAUCGUGCUGCAAAUUAGUUAGAAUGCCUAAAGGAAACUGCAUGCUUUGAUCGGCACUGUUAUAGUGCAGGUGCAACAAGCUAAGUUUAGGCCGUUGAGCUCAUUAUUUGUAAUUUCAAAUAUUGUAAUAUGCUUUUUAUCAUUUUAAAAGUGAACUGAAUACAGCUGGCAUCUUGAAGAUUGCCUGAAUUCCAGUUGGAAGGAAUUGUAAAUUGCAUGCCAUGUCUGCCUCCAGUACUUUGCCUGCUCACAUGGCUAGUUUGUGGAGCCCAAUGUUUGACGAGUGCAUUUUAGCACGUGUGUUCCGAUUCCGAUUCUUUGCAUUUGUUUACAUUAUGGUAGUAUAUGGUUCAGCAACUUGAACAAAAGCUUUUAUAUACAUUAUUGUAAAUUUAGAAAUCACUCUCUCCAACUAUUCAAACUAAAUUGCUGUUUCUGUUA